AAACACACUCCAGCAGAUCUCUCAGCGGGAAUCAUUGACUGAAGCAGAGCCUCUCACCCUGUGGACCACUGACUGAGCCCGAGGCGAGAAGACAGAGCUCCUCCACAUUUCUGUGUGGUGUGGCAGUGGUAACCAUGACGACUGCAGAGCCACCCAAGGAACUGCGGCACAGAAACAAUAAGGCCCUUCCAUCAGAUGAGCUCUCCGAUCAGGUUGUGAGCCCUGGUAACGUGCAGGAGGACGAGCUGAGACAGUGGAAAGAACAUGCACAGAGGGUGAAGGUGAAAGUGCUGGAGCAGGUCCAGGAUCAUCUCAGUGAUAUUCUAGACGAAGCUCUGACUGAGUCCGUUCAGCCUUUCACCCACAUCCAGCCGACCAUUAACGGCAAGAUGACAAAAAAGACCUCAGCGAGGUCUCAGAAAAUGGAUGAUGGCAAAGUGUUUAUGGAAAGGCCGUCACUGUUGGAUGAGCUGUUUGAGAUCAGUCACAUCAGGACCAUCUACCACAUGUUCAUCGCCGUGCUCCUCAUCUUCUGUCUGAGCACGCUGGCUGUGGACUUCAUCGACCAGGGAAGGUUGGUCUUGGAGUUUGACCUGCUUUUCUUCGCCUUCGGGAAGCUGGGUACCGUCAUCCAGGCCUGGGUCGUGAUGUUCCUCUACACCCUGCUCGUGCCCUACUACACGCUGGUGUUCUGGGCGUCCCUGUACCACAUGUUGCCCUCCAAGUUGGGUCUUUCUCUGGGGACGGGCUUAAUCCUGUCUAUCGCACAGACCUGUGUCCUGGGACUGUUCCCGAUCUACGUAGUCGUAGAGAACCAGCUGCCGCCAGCCUCGCGGUUCAUCGUGAUACUGGAGCAGAUUCGAUUCGUGAUGAAGAGCUACUCCUUCAUGAGAGAAACUGCUCCUGUUAUAAUGAAGAAUACACCAAAGGAAGGAAAAGGUCCGAUAAUCCCACCAUUUUCCAGCUAUCUGUACUUCCUCUUCUGUCCCACUCUCAUCUACAGGGAAUCAUACCCCCGAAACAACCACAUCAGAUGGAACUAUGUGGGCAGCACUCUUGCCAUGAUCUUUGGCUGCCUGUUUUACGGCUACUUCAUCCUGGUCCGCCUCUGCGUGCCCGUCUUCAGACCCGAGACCAACCAGCCGUUUAGCAUUCGGACCAUGGUUCUGGCUAUUUUCCACUCAAUAUUACCAGGUAUUAUGCUGCUUCUCCUGUGUUUCUUCGCCUUCCUGCACUGCUGGCUCAACCUCUUCGGGGAGCUGCUGCGUUUCGCUGACAGAAUGUUCUACAAGGACUGGUGGAACUCUACAUCCUUUGCCAACUAUUACCGAACCUGGAAUGUGGUGGUUCACGACUGGCUGUAUUACUACGGCUACAGAGACUUCCUCUGGCUGUCAAAAAGGAAAUUCCGAGCAGCUGCCAUGCUCUCCGUGUUCAUCGUCUCCGCUGUCGUCCAUGAGUACGCCUUGACCAUGGGCUUGGGAUUUUUCUACCCCGUCAUGUUCUGCUUGUUUGCAGUGUUUGGAGUGGUGUUCAACUUUACCAUGAACGACAAGCGCCAGAGCCCCGUGUUCAACGUCAUCAUGUGGGCGUGUCUCUUCCUGGGCCAGGGCGUCCAGGUGUGCCUGUACUGUCAGGAGUGGUACGCUCAGAUACACUGCCCACGCAAAGAGAAUAGUUUCUGGGAGCUGGUGACGCCUCGGUCCUGGUCCUGCAGCUACCACAGGUGAAGCUGCCUGUCUCCUGCUCUGGACGGAUAAUGGAUAGAGGGAUGAAAAGAUGAAAAUCAUGACGGAGUAAACGUAGACGAAAGUGUGGAAGGAAAACUCCAAAGAAGUGUAUUUUCUUUUUCAUUGUGUCAAGAUUUCUUUGGGUCAAGAUAUGACUAUUACUGUUUUGGUCAUAAUGUUAUCCAGGAGUGAUGUUUUCCAUAUUUCACAUCUGGAUUAUGACCUCCAUCUAUAGGAGGUUAUGUUUUCGCCCCUGUGUAUUUGUUUGUUAUUUUUUAGUAGUAAAACUACUGAACAGAUUCCCAUGAAACUUGGUGGAAGGGUGGGAAAUGUGAGAAAUUCCAGAAUUUCAGAUCCAGGAAUUUCAGAUCAAAUCUAAUGUAUAGAUUUUGAUGAAAGAAUUUGUCUGAUUGUAUUAAAUAGUGUUUUUAUAAUUCAGGCUGUUUAAAAAAAGAGUGUUUACUGUCUAAGUUUAAAUAUUUUAAUAGCAAGCCCUGAAGGACUCAGACCACAGAACAACUUGUUGUCGACUUCUAUGCUUAUUUAAUUUAUUUCUGCAGUAUUUGUACUAAAGCUGUGCUGACAAAACCUGGAAAAGGUUUGUUUAUUCUCAUCUUGUAGCGGUUUGAAUACACUUGAGAAAGUUUCAGCUUUUUCUUCUCUGAAUUAACGAGACGGCCGGAGCCCAAGAGAAGCUUUCAUUUCACCGAUGUCCCGUCUGUGUAGAUCGAUCGGAUACUGAAAGCAAAACGCUUCCAUACAGCAGCCUUGUGUCUAUGGUUUUAUACUUUCACUCAAAACAGGCUUCACCGCAGUGGGGCUCCUGACCCGCAGUGUGUGUGUGUGUGUGUGUGUGUGUGUGUGUGUGUGUGUGUGUGUGUGUGUGUGUGUGUUGCCUGUGUAAUCCUGCCCUGGUUGCGGUUCAGAGCACAGGGAUUGGUUGGAUGAGCAGGUACGUGAACCGGCCAACCACAGGAGGCACGGCGUCUUAUCAGCGGGCCACAAAGCCUCUGUUUGUGUGGCUGCCACGUCCCUCUGAAGUCAUACAGGAAGAGCAGGAUUAACAUUGGUACAGUGUUUGCAUUAGUGAUGUAAUGCUCUGUAAACUGAUACCAACCAUAACAGUGGUGGAGCAGGACGUGUACUUCUCCACUGUCAGUAACAGAAUUGUGUAUUUGUGUAUUUGACAUUGUUCAUCAAUUUUUUUUAUUGUAUUUUCUUUUUCUUAAAUUUAGUUUGACAUCUUUUACCUCCAUCAUUCUAUAAAUUGACAUUCAUCAAAGUGGCUGCACAUA